AUGCCCGUCAUUGAUCCUGUACCUGAUAAAUCACUCGAGCUUGCUUCAAGCCUUCCCAAAUCUCACACUCUUAUCUAUCACCUGAACAGUGAAAAGCUGUUAUACCAGCAAUCUAAGAGCUUAUCCUACCAUCAAUCUCCACCGAAAAAAACAAACAACAAAUCAAAAAUGUUGGAAGAAUUCCUGGACCGUUCACACUGGCAUAUUCCAGCAAGCUUUGUUCGCGGAUUCAACAAAUUUUUCACUGGUCCAUUCGGAAGGGAAGAGGAGCUCGAGUGGAUUAAGAAAUACGAGGAUGAAGAGCUUGUUGGCAUCGCCACUCUUCAAAAGAAGAUUCGCAUCGAACAGCGCAAGAAAUCACUCCUACUACUACAACAACUUCACGAGAAGUCAGCGUCCGAGAAGAGCAAUAAUGAUCAGGAGGAGCUUGAGAAAUGUGAAAGAGAGCUGCUCCAAGCCCGUCAAGAAUACUGGCUGCAUCAACAGGCAUUGUCAAAGCUAGCUAGAGAAGCACCCAAGGGCCCCUGGAUACGCGAGUGGGAAUUAUUGCGCAGUAUCAGGAAGGAACAUGGGAUGCCAUUAGCAUGGUGGGAAGAAUCAAAGCGAUGCGCGCUUAGCGGGGGCUGUUGCAGUCGGCUAUGUGGAUGCUGCGAGCAACCUUUACGGACCUACUUUCGAACCAAGUGCUGGCAGAUCCAGGAUGAGCACUAG